UCAUCUCUUGCUUUAUUGAUUAAAGAAUACUCUUUUUGCCUUUAUCUUGAAUUUCUGGAAUGAUUUAAGGAGGGAAUAAUAAAGAGAGACAUAGAGAGAGAGAAGAGCAUCGGUCUUUACUUUACUUUUUGUCUUGUAAGAAAAUGUUGCGACCAUAGUCUCUGUUCUCGUGUUCUUACGACAAGAGAUUAUCUUUGUGUUUCAAGUGUUUUGUCUUUAUCUUGGCGAUAAUGUCUAGAGUGUGUUUAUUACCUUAUUAAAUACUCUUUCUUGAUUUCUGCUUCUUGUUAAUUACGAUGCAAAGAGUACACAAUAAAGCUCCGUCGGCGACUGUCAAACAUCAUUUAAUCAAACAGAGCAACAACGGCGGAGUAACGGCGGAGGCGGCGGAUAUGCAAGAACCGAGCAUCGAGACUGAUAAGCUCAGCUACGAGAUCUUCUCCAUUCUCGAAAGCAAGUUUCUCUUCGGGUACGACGACGACACGAAGCUAAUGGAGUCUCGGAGCAGAGACCCGAGUCCAGAGCAAGAAUGCCAAGAAACAUCACCGACGGCAGCAAACGGCGUCGUUCCGGGAUCGAUCAAGAACCAGAGAGGGAAAGUCUGUGUUCUGAGCAUCGACGGCGGCGGAAUGAGAGGGAUCAUACCCGGAAAGGCUUUGUCUUAUCUGGAGCAAGCGCUGAAGCUGAAGUCGGGUGACCCGAACGCCCGUAUCGCCGAUUACUUCGACGUCGCUUCUGGCUCCGGCAUCGGUGGGAUCUUCACGGCCAUGCUUUUCGCUUCAAACGACGGUGACCGUCCGAUCUUCAAAGCGGAUGACACGUGGAGGUUCCUAGCUAAGAACGGUAAAAGCUUUUAUAAAUCGCAACCGGGGAAGAUCCUAAACCGGGUGAUGAAAACCGGGGCCGGUUCGAAGCUUGAGAAGUCCAUGAAGGAGUCAUUCGCUGAGCUGACCCUCAAGGACACGCUUAAACCCGUUCUGAUUCCUUGUUACGACCUCACGAGCUCCGCACCGUUCCUUUUCUCACGCGCCGACGCGUUAGAAACUGACGGCUACGAUUUCAAGCUGUGGGAAGUUUGCAAAGCCACGUGGGCCGAGCCGGGUGUGUUCGAGCCUGUGGAAAUGAGAUCAGUGGAUGGUAAAACGCGGUGCGUUGCGGUUGAUGGUGGAUUAGCGAUGAGUAAUCCGACGGCUGCGGCUAUCACUCAUGUGUUGCAUAACAAGCAAGAGUUUCCGUUUGUUAGAGGCGUUGAGGAUUUGCUUGUGUUGUCUCUUGGUACGGGGCAGUUGGUUGAUGUGAAGUAUGAAUGUGACAAGGUUAUGAAAUGGAAGGCUAAGCAAUGGGCUCGACCGGCGGUUCGGAUUUCCGCAGAUGGCGCGGCUGAUACUGUGGACCAGGCCGUUUCCAUGGCGUUUGGUCAGUGCAGGAGGAGUAACUACGUCCGUAUUCAGGCUGAUGGGUCAAGCUUCGGUCCAUGCAAACCAAACAUAGAUACGGACGCUAGUCCAAGCAAUGUGAAUAUGCUUGUGGGAGUAGCAGAAGAGAUGCUGAAGCAGAAGAACGUGGAGUCGGUUCUGUUUGGUGGUAAAAAGAUCAAUCAAGAAAGCAAUUUCGAGAAGCUGGAUUGGUUAGCUGGUGAACUCGUGCUUGAACACCAGAGGAGGAGCUGCAGAAUCGCUCCCACUGUAGCGUUCAAGCAAUCCAGCGACAGAAGAACUGAUGAUCAGAAGACGAUUUUCAAGGAUAUUGAUUGUAUGUUUUGAAGAUAUUAUUCAUCUUAUUAAGGUUUGUAAUUUGUAUAUAUUAAUGUUGAUUUUUGAGUUCCGAGAAGGAAGCCAAACAUCUUCGAAAAGGUCUCAUUCUCGUCCGUUCUGCGUGUAAUAUUUUUGCUUUGUUUAAGUGUAAUUUUAUACAAGAAAAAACUUUGGAAUGCACUAUAUUGACUGACUA